AUGUCAUCCCCCAACGCUGUCAAUCAACCUCAAAGCCCCACCUCGGACCAAAGCUCUGACCCUAUGGAUUAUGGAUCUCCUUUGUCAUCUGCAGCCGAUCAUCAAUCGGUCUCCUCUUCUGCACCAACCGACGCCUCUUCUACUUCAAGCUUGCAGCGUGCCACUAACGCUAUUGAUCGUGUUACCGUCAAGUUGGCAAACUUGGCUGAACGCUUGGCUGAUGACGACGUAACUCAAGAACAACGUCAUGCGAUCCAUCAAGAGAGUCAACAAUUAUCCAAGGAUCUUGAGGCUUUGAAGAGCAUGUACAAGAAAAUGAACAAGAAGGAUAAGGUUUCCAAUCAUUCCACAAGACCGGUUGUGCCGCAAGACUUGCCCACUAUGCAAUGGACAGGCAACGUUCAUGACAAGAACAAGCUCGUUUUUGGUUCCGUUGAACAGUGUCUCAAUCGUUUUGAGGACGUCGUUGGAUCUUACAACCAAGAUAUGGAUGAGGCUUGGGGACGUUUGUUGCCAAGGAUGCUUUCACCCGAACAACGAUCUUGGUACGACGAUAACUUGCGUCCUUACGUACAUCUUCCAUGGAGUUUUGCUCGCAAGACUUUGAUCAAGAAAUAUGGCAUACACGAUGGCGAACGCCAAUCUCAAGCAAUGUUCGAUCUUUUGCAUAUGGCUAUGGGUACCAAUGAAUCUGUUGAGUACUACACAGAUCGCUUCAAUAAGACAAGACGCGAAGCCGGAUUGGAUGACAACUUAGCCAUCGCUGCUGUUUACACUAAGUCAUUGGUUCCUGAACUUUACAAGCACGUUCGUUUGGCUCAAGUAAACCUUCCUGUGGAAUUGCGUUCAACCACGGAACAAGCUGCCAAUGUUGCACGAGGAUUGUACGCCACAGUUAUCGGUGCCACCAACAAGCUUCAGGUGACUCAAAAAGCCAAGAUGGAUAACGGCAACCAUGACAAGUACAAGAAGCAACCUGGUAUCAAGAAGCGCUGCCGUCUCCAUGGCAAAGGAAAUCAUUCAACUGAUGAGUGCCGUCUCUUGUCACGUGAAGUCUCCCAUGCUCAAGGCAACAAAAUCAAGAAGCCCAAUCCAUCUUCUUUCAAGUCUCAACAAGACAAGCGCUGUUACAAGUGUAAUGAAUCAUGGCAACCAGGACACAUUUGCAAGACCAAGAUGGCUAUCCGCUCCGCCCAUUUUGCGGGAAACCAAGACACCUGCACUUCUGCUUCUGCCACCACGGUUGAACACACCCUGAUUGACCUUCUUGAUGACAUCAACAACGACGUUGAUAUGGAGGACGCACAACAUCCUUGUGCACAAUCCCAACGAUUCACCCGCUGGCACCACUAUUGA